GCGCUCGGCGCCGACGGGUGCGCGCCGCGGCUUGGGGGAGAGUUGAGCGCUUUUCCCCCCUCUUUUUUUUUUUUUUUCUCCUCUUCUUCUUAAACAAACCACAAACGGAUGUGAGGGAAGGAAGGUGUUUCUUUUACUCCUGAGCCCAGACACCUCACUCUGUUCCGUCUAAGCUUGUUUUGCUGAACACUUUUUUAAAAAAAAAGGAAAAAGAAAAGGAGUUGCUUGAUGUGAGAGUGAAAUGGACGUAAGAUUUUAUCCACCUCCAGCCCAGCCCGCCGCUGCGCCCGACGCUCCCUGUCUGGGACCUUCUCCCUGCCUGGACCCCUACUAUUGCAACAAGUCCUACCCUGGUCCAAGCCUGGAAAGUGAAGACUUCAACAUUCCACCAAUUACUCCUCCUUCCCUCCCAGACCACUCGCUGGUGCACCUGAAUGAAGUUGAGUCUGGUUACCAUUCUCUGUGUCACCCCAUGAACCAUAAUGGCCUGCUACCAUUUCAUCCACAAAACAUGGACCUCCCUGAAAUCACUGUCUCCAAUAUGCUGGGCCAGGAUGGAACACUGCUUUCUAACUCCAUUUCUGUGAUGCCAGAUAUACGAAACCCAGAAGGAGCUCAAUACAGUUCCCAUCCUCAGAUGGCAGCCAUGAGACCAAGGGGCCAGCCUGCAGACAUCAGGCAGCAGCCAGGAAUGAUGCCACAUGGCCAGCUGACUACCAUUAACCAGUCACAGCUAAGUGCUCAACUUGGUUUGAAUAUGGGAGGAAGCAAUGUUCCCCACAACUCACCAUCUCCACCUGGAAGCAAGUCUGCAACUCCUUCACCAUCCAGUUCAGUGCAUGAAGAUGAAGGCGAUGAUACCGCUAAGAUCAAUGGUGGAGAGAAGCGGCCUGCCUCCGAUAUGGGGAAAAAACCAAAAACUCCCAAAAAGAAGAAGAAGAAGGAUCCCAAUGAGCCCCAGAAGCCUGUGUCUGCCUAUGCGUUAUUCUUUCGUGAUACUCAGGCCGCCAUCAAGGGCCAAAAUCCAAAUGCUACCUUUGGUGAAGUCUCUAAAAUUGUGGCUUCAAUGUGGGAUGGCUUAGGAGAAGAGCAGAAACAGGUCUAUAAAAAGAAAACCGAGGCUGCAAAGAAGGAGUACCUGAAGCAACUUGCAGCAUACAGAGCCAGCCUUGUAUCCAAGAGCUACAGUGAACCUGUUGACGUGAAGACAUCUCAACCUCCUCAGCUGAUCAAUUCCAAGCCGUCGGUGUUCCACGGGCCCAGCCAGGCCCACUCGGCUCUGUACCUAAGUUCCCACUAUCACCAACAACCAGGAAUGAAUCCUCACCUAACCGCCAUGCAUCCUAGUCUCCCCAGGAACAUAGCCCCCAAGCCGAAUAACCAAAUGCCAGUGACUGUCUCUAUAGCGAACAUGGCUGUGUCCCCUCCUCCUCCCCUCCAGAUCAGCCCGCCUCUUCACCAGCAUCUCAACAUGCAGCAGCACCAGCCGCUCACCAUGCAGCAGCCCCUUGGGAACCAGCUCCCUAUGCAGGUCCAGUCCGCCUUACACUCACCCACCAUGCAGCAAGGAUUUACUCUUCAACCCGACUAUCAGACUAUUAUCAAUCCUACAUCUACAGCUGCACAAGUUGUCACCCAAGCAAUGGAGUAUGUGCGUUCGGGGUGCAGAAAUCCUCCCCCACAGCCGGUGGACUGGAAUAACGACUACUGCAGUAGUGGGGGCAUGCAGAGGGACAAAGCACUGUACCUUACUUGAGAGUCUGAACACCUCUUCUUUCCACUGAGGAAUUCAGGGAAGUGUUUUCACCAUGGAUUGCUUUGUACAGUCAAGGCAGUUCUCCAUUUUAUUAGAAAAUACAAGUUGCUAAGCACUUAGGACCAUUUGAGCUUGUGGGUCACCCACUCUGGAAGAAAUAGUCAUGCUUCUUUAUUAUUUUUUUAAUCCUUUAUGGACAUUGUUUUUCUUCUUCCCUGAAGGAAAUUUGGACCAUUCAGAUUUUAUGUUGGUUUUUUGCUGUGAAGUGCUGCGCUCUAGUAACUGCCUUAGCAACUGUAGAUGUCUCGGAUAAAAGUCCUGGAUUUUCCAUUGGUUUUCAUAAUGGGUGUUUAUAUGAAACUACUAAAGACUUUUUAAAUGGCUUGAUGUAGCAGUCAU